AUCAAAUUGGUAGUACUUAUAUCGGAGUUUACAACCCUAACUUGAGAAGUGACCAGUUUUGCCAUCAAACUGUCAAAAAUCGGUGGAAAAGAGGUUUACAACUGUCAAAGGCAUUACGUCAAAUAUGUCGCUCAAUACCAUACGAAACUGCGUCUCGCCUCCACUCCCGUAAAUGCGCAACUGACUUGAUCCUAACCAAUAACAAUCAAUUCCGGGAUGACGUUUGUGCGAAUCACCUCGAGCAUGCUAAAAUUACUGUGCGGAUUCAAAGCCUCAAAUGCAUAUGGCAAACGGAACUGACAAUGACCAACAACAUUCAAAAUAGCAGGCGAGCCGAUGACUCACAACAACAAUGCUUGGAAGAAGCCAUUGCAACAGCCACAAAGCUGCAACAUCGAAGCGUUUUGCGGACGUUCGGAAUUUGGUGGCGAAACUUUUCAUGCCCAAUGCUGGUAACCGAAUGGCUUGCAUAUGGGAGGUUGGAUAUCUAUCUGGACAACUUAUUAGACGGCUACUGCAGAACCCAUGAGGUUACGCCAACUUCUGAUCUACGACACGGCUUCGGCAAGGAAACGCAUGCCUUCCUAAACGCAUCGGUAAUCGCUAGCAUGCUGCUCGACAUCGCGAGUGGACUGGAAUAUUUGUUCGAAAGAGGUUUAACCUAUGAAGUAUGUUGUAUCCAUAUUGUAACAUCUAAAAUUAUUCCAUAG